CCCUCCAGCGUGCAGAGAAAACACAUCGGCUUCCAGAUGACAAGACGUGGAAGGGGAGGGAAGGACGUGAAUUACCAUGGGAUGUGAUUUGCUGUGAUGAAUACAUCGGCUUCUGGAAACGUGCUCCCCAUCUUCAUGGGGUUGAGCGUGGUGCUGGAGGCAGGUUCCUCGGGAGCUGGGCUCAUGGAGGCAUCACUGGGGACCAACCAUGGAGCCAAACGCUGCUGGGACCAGCACUGGCAGGCUGGUGGGUGCUGCUGAGCCCGCUCCUGGGCACCAUCACAGCACAAAUUGGGACAAGGGGCUGUGGUGGGGUCUGGAGGACCCUGGUGCCGUGCCUUGAGGAGCCAGCCCGGGGCAUUGCUGGCAGCUGGGGUGGGCUGCGAUGGAGGCUGCACCCGAAUCAGGUCAGGCUCUUGAGGGGCUGAGCAGCAGCACUCCAGGGAUCUGCAUCCAUCAGGCAGCAGAAUUCCUGCUCUGUCGAGGGCCCCUUCCUUAUCGGCACUAAUCCAGCACAGCAGCUGCAGCAGCUCUGUAGCACUCGCUGCUAUCAGUGCUCUGCAGGCCCCCCCGAUAACCUCCCUCCCUCUCCUGUGCCAGCAGCAAGCCCUCUCCGCGCUCCCGCACCAUGUAUGGGCACCCAGCCCUGUCGCCGGGGCACUGGGUGACUGCCUGACAGCAGCAAAGCACAAACAAGCAGAGCCCUGCGUUCAGGCAAGCUGCGGGCACCCAGCUUCCCUCCAUGCCCCAGAGCCCCUGGCGUGCUCCCUUGAAGGAGGCAGGAAUGCCAAGCCCUCUCCUCCUGGCAAGAGGAAGAAGUGUCUGGGUCUGCAGUAUCCUGUGCCAGCUGGCAAGAUGAAGAGCAGCCCUGGCCCCUCAGGAGGAGGAGGAAGGAGGCUUGGGGCCAGUUCACAGCAGCCAUGGAGGCAGCACUCAUCUUCCUGUGCUCCCUGAUGGUGCCAGCAGCCCUGGCAGACGUGGCCACCCAGGAGAAGGAGGAGGAGGACCCCUUUAACUAUGAUUAUCAGAGCCUGAGGAUUGGGGGCUUGGUUUUUGCCGUGAUCCUGUUCACCGUUGGCAUUCUGCUCAUACUCAGCAGGAGGUGCAGGUGCAGUUUCAACCAGAAGCCCAGAGCUCCAGGGGAUGAGGAGGCUCAAGCUGAGAACCUGAUCACCUCUAACGCGACAGGGGCACAGAAAGCAGAGAACUGAACGAGAGCCAUGCGAGCCAGAGACCCAAGGACAGGCGCUCGGACCACAGG